AUGGAUCCCAACGAGAACCAGGCACCAGAUGCGCCUGACACGGCGAAGAUGAACGAGAUCCGGUUGCGACGUCUGGCCAAGCUCGGUUCUGCCGCCAGGACCUCUCCCAAGCCGGAGGGCGAUACAUCACCGAAUCCCGGAGCUUCGGGCGCCUCGACACCAACUGAAGAGAAGGGCAAGGGCCUCGCCGAAGAGCCGCGCAAGAUCAACAUCACUUCGUCAUCGACACCGAAGCCGAACCCUUUCAAUCAGCUUGGAGUCAAGGCCGAAUCGAACGAGGGUAAUAGCCAGAAGCGAGCCGCUAAGAGUGAGACCACGCCAGCACCCGUUCCGAAGCGCCCGACUGUCGUCCAAGAAGAGUCCAUCGAUGACUUCUCCGACCGAACCCUCACACAGAUUUUCCGCAUCACUGUCGAUCCACACAGAGUUACCGAUAUCCAUGGCCACAAGCUUAUGUUUCUGCCGGGGGCGAACAGCGAACUGACGGAGUCAGAUGCGGCGCUGAAGCUGACAACCAGCGUUCUGGACAGUGCCCUGCUGGAGGCUUUGUCGACAUUGAACCACAAAAAGUCCAUUCUCGGCUUCCUGCUGCCGUGCUUCAAGCGCAUUCUGCGCCUAUACAUCACGGUUAAGGAAACGGCCAAGGACAAGAGAGAGGUGCUUGAUGAGGCGAAGAGAUUGUGUGUUAGCAACUGCUUAUUUGCUCUGACUCUGCCUGACCUGUUUGGCCGAUCGCAGCCUGACAGUCUGGCGUCAUGUCUCCUGAGAGGUCACGACACUGAUGACGGCGUGUGUCUGGACUUCCUGCGGGAAGCUGUGAACCGGUUCCCUGAGGAUGAGCAGUACCCAGUGGUGUUCGCCGAGGCGAUCAACACCCUCAGCCUUAAGUUGUCAGAGAUGUCCAUGGAUGGCGAUUACAAGCCAUACCUCAAUGCCUUGAUGACAUAUACCAAGUUCCCGCCACUGCUCAAUGCUCUGGCCCAGCACACCAACUUCCUCCCUGCACAAAACUCUGGCCCUCUUAUUGAGAAGGCAACCAUCCUGGGUCCGUUCUUCCGGAUCUCUCCACUGCAAUCCGAGGUCACGCUCACCUACUUCCCAAACCCCCGAGGAUUGGACAGAAGACAAGCAGCCCAGCCGCAGGAGGCACUGCGCGCCAUCCUGAGGGUACACCAAGAUGAGUUGUUCACGAUCGCCAACGCCUUUAUCCGAGCCGACAGCGAAACGAGAAGCCGCGUCCUUGACUGGUUCGCGUCCGCCAUCAACUCCAACAAGAAGCGUAGAGCUAUUCAGGUUGAUGCCAAGGAAGUCUCUUCCGACGGGUUCAUGACCAACCUGACAGCCAUUCUCGACCGAUUCUGCUCGCCGUUCAUGGACACGACUUUCUCCAAGGUUGAUAGAAUCGAAGUCGACUACUUCAGACGGAGCCCUCGCGUGGACAUCAAGGAGGAGACCAAGAUCAACGCCGACCAAGCGACGUCGGAUGCUUUCUACGAAAAGAAGGCCGAGGGCACAUCCAACUUCAUUUCUGAAGUAUUCUUCCUAACUCUCGCCGCUCAUCAUUACGGCAGCGAGGCCACAAAUGCAAAGGUCAAGAAUCUGGAGCGCGACAUCAAGUUCUAUGAGACGCAUGUGGCUAAGAUGGAGGCUGAGCGUCACAAGAUGGUGAACAACCCUGCUCAACUCGCCAUGUACGAGGUGACUCUCAAGAGGCAUACCCAGGUCCUGAAUAAGGCAAUUGCGUUGAAAUACGCCAUAGAGGGUGUCUUUUUCGACGAGAAGAUGCAGGAGUUGUCUCUCCGCUUCAUGCGCUACGUUGCUGUCUGGCUUUUGCGCCUUGCCAGCCAAACGGACUACAAGCCUGACACAACGGAUCUUCAACUUCCGCUGCCCGCUCAGACGCCAGCGUCAUUCGCCUGCUUGCCCGAAUACGCUCUCCAGAACGUCGUUGACAACUUCAAAUUCGUCUACAGAUACCUUCCCCAAAUCAUGCCGUCCGCAGUCGGCAGUGAGAUGAUUGCCAUGUGUAUCGCUUUCCUCCGAUCAUCCGAGUACAUCAAGAACCCUUACCUCAAGUCGUCUCUGGUCACGCUCUUGUUCUCCGGAACCUGGCCCUUUUCGCAUUUCAAGAAGGGUGUCCUCGGCGACCAGCUUUACGGAUCCAAGUUUGCCAACGACCACCUGCUGCACGCCUUGAUGAAGUUCUACAUCGAGGCAGAGUCGACCGGAGCUCACACUCAGUUUUACGACAAGUUCAACAUCAGAUACGAGAUCUUCCAGGUCAUCAAGUGUGUUUGGGGCAAUGACGUCUACAAGCAGCAGCUCACCAGAGAGAGCAAGGUCAAUCGACAGUUCUUUGUGCAAUUCGUCAAUCUUCUGCUCAACGAUGCCACCUACGUUCUCGAUGAGGCGCUGACGAAAUUCCCCAAGAUCCACAACCUCCAGCAUGAACUGGAGGCUGACCAGACCAUGUCGGCUCAGGACAGACAGAAGAAGCAAGAGGAGCUUUCGGGCCUUGAGAACCAGGCCACGUCGUACAUGCAGCUCGCCAACGAGACAUUGGCGAUGAUGAAGCUAUUCACAUCUGCCCUGUCGUCUGCAUUUACGAUGCCCGAGAUCGUGCAGCGCCUGGCCAGCAUGUUGAACUACAACCUGGACACUCUGGCUGGCCCCAAGAUGGGACAGCUGAAGGUGAAUGAUCCUCAAAAGUACCACUUCCAGCCCCGAGUGCUGUUGUCGGACUUCGUGGACAUUUACCUCAACCUUGGCUCCUCGCAGGCUUUCAUCGAAGCUGUCGCCUCGGACGGUCGCUCCUACAAGCCGGCCAACUUUGACAAGGCUAGCUAUAUUCUGUCGAAGAGGUCCAUGAAGGAGACGGAGGAUAUGGAAAAGUUCAACACCCUGAAGGAGAAGUUCAAGGAAGCCAAGGAGAUAGCAGAGCAGGCAGAGCUCGACCUGGGUGACAUCCCGGCCGAGUUCGAGGACCCCAUCAUGGGCGAUCUGAUGAAGGACCCUGUGACCCUGCCAUCGAAGCACAUUGUGGAUCGCUCGACUAUUGUCCAGCAUCUGCUGUCUGAUCCCAAAGACCCGUUCACGCGGCAAGCGAUGACGAUAGACGACGCGAUCCCGCAUACUGAGCUGAAGGCCAAGAUUGAAGCGUGGAAGGCCGAGAAGAUAGCGGCUGCCAAGGCCAAGGUGCAGGGUGAUUCUAUGGACACCACGGAGGGCUGA